AAAAUGGUAAGCAUGUUAAGCGAUUAUACGGUAUACGUUGUACAUUCGAUUGUCAAGUCGACAUCAGUGGUUUGAAAAAUCCCUGACAAUUUUGGGUAUUACAUUCCAGUCAACUGCAGGCUAUCUGCUUAUAAUUUGCGGUACCAGCUGGUCUCUUUUAAAACCGCGUUAUCAGAAAACGUAUUCAGCAAAUACAGAAAAAAUAGACAGGGGAGUUUCACCCACGCAACCACCAUGCAUAUAGCACUGCGCAUCAUCCUGGCGCUCCUGGAGGUCGUGUACGCCUACCUGGAAGCCCUUAUUUUCCUCAUUCUGCCUACCCGCUUCCGUAAGCACAAAAGCAUCGCAGGGGAAAUCGCUCUGGUCACCGGUGCCGGCAGUGGGAUCGGUCGUCUGAUGGCACUGCGACUGUCGCGCCUGGGCGCCAGUCUGGUCCUAUGGGAUGUCAGUGAGGCCGGGCUGGAUGAGACGCGACGAAUAAUCGAGAACGACGGUGGCCCGGUACGCUCAUACCUCUGCGACGUGUCAGAUCGUCAGAUGGUGUAUGAUGUGGCUGAGCGCGUCCGCCGGGAGGUCGGGAACGUGACGAUCCUGGUCAACAACGCGGGGAUUGUUAAUGGAAAAUGGUUCUUGGAGACGGCUGACGAACGUCUGGAGAAGACCAUGCAAGUCAACGCUGUGGCACACUUCUGGACUGUCAAGGCAUUCUUGCCGAGUAUGAUCAGCAACAACCACGGGCACAUCGUGACAAUUUCCAGUAUGGCGGGGCGAUUCGCGCUACCGCGGUUGGUCGACUACUGCGCCAGCAAGUUUGCCGCAACAGGUUUCCACGAAUCCCUGCAGAUGGAGUUGGAGUUGCUAGGAAAGACGGCUGUCAAGAUGACCAAUGUGCAGCCGUUCUUUAUUACGACUGGAAUGUUCACCGGUGUGGAAACGUCCAUUAAUCCUUGGGUGCAAAACGUGAUGCCUCUACUGAGUCCCGAUUACGUUGCCGACACUGUCGUGGAGGCUAUAUUGCUCAACAAACCGGAAGUGAUGAUUCCACGCUCCAUGUACAUCAUGAUGCGAUUGGCUGUAUUGAUGCCCAAACGAGCCAUGCGAGCGCUGGAAGACCUUAUGGAGUCACGAGAUUUUAUGGCUGGUUUUGUCGGGAGAGAGCUGGCUGGACGGCCGGCACCAACAAAGCGCUCUUAGAGAGGCUUGCACGGAUCGGUGUCUUCAGGGAAAUCGGAAAGUUGGGAUUUAAAAUUUUCAAACUAAUGACUGCGUGAAGAAGCAGAAUUAAUUACGAAGAAUGCCCUAAAACAUAAUGAAUGCUCUAUAAAAUGAACUGGAGUAGUUAAGGCUAUCGUGUCACGCCCUGUAAUCUAACCUAGACACAGGCUGAAAAAGCACAGUUUCUAUUUACCUAUGUGACCACUGCGUUGUCUCGCUUUUUCUGUGGCGAAUUCCUUUUGAACAGAAAACGUUAUUAAUCUUGCAUGGAAAUUCUCUUACCACAUCUGUUUCGGGCAAUGCAUAUGGCGGUAAUUUGCCGGGAAGUGGUGAUUGCUAGUUCCAAAAGUUUAUUAGGAAAAGAAAAGGUUUACCACUUGA